GGUAAUAUAACGCUCGGGUAUCUAUUCUAGGCUAGGCUCUCCCCUCCCGCUGGGUUCCUCAAGGCCUCAAUGCUCAUGUCGCCAACCACGACGAGGGUUGUUUACCGGGGGUCACCGCACAGCCGCCGUGAUCUGGGGCACGCGCUUAGUCAGCCCGCCCGCCCUGUUAUCGAGUCCCUAGACUCUACUAAGACUGGACCAAGUGAAAUAGCUCCACUAGGGUGACCAUUUCCCCCCCAACCAUCCACCUCACGCCAAACGUUAUGCCCUAAGUGACUGAUUCUCAGUUGUAAUGGAACUUCUGGAGGAAUAUACAAACAUAUCUUACAUCCCGUCUGAACCGUGCAACAAUUUCCAUAACUUCGACAUCUAUAUUCCGAAACAAUACGAGCCACGGAAUACCUCGGAUGAACAACCUCGUGGUCCACACACCAUAUCCCCUCUAGUUUGUUUCAUACAUGGAGGUGCAUGGAGAAGCGAAGAUAAGCUCGAUCAUGCCGGAUUGGCUCGUAGACUCGCGAGUUUCACUGGAUACGCCGUGGCGGUCACAAAUUACCGCCUGUCCCCUCGGGAAACGACAGAAGCCAAUGCAAUCCACCAUCCCGAUCACGCGAAGGAUGUUCUUCGCUUUCUUGAAUUUGUUAUCACCUGGAGAGGCCCGCAUGACAUCAGUGUCUAUGACUCAAACAGAUUGUGUUUGAUGGGACAUAGCUGUGGUGCUCAUAUAUUGUCAUCAAUCUUCCUCGAGGCUAAGCGAGGCGAGGACCCUUUGUGCCCAUCAGCCAAGCUUCUCGAAAGUACAAAGGCCAUAAUCACAUCAGAGGGGAUAUAUGACAUCGAUCUCCUUCUCUCGAGUUUCCCUGCUUACAGGGCUUGGUUCAUCGAGGCCGCAUUUGGUCGGCGGAGUACUUACGAGGAAGCUUCAGUUACGAAGAUGAUCCCGAGGGUGGCAUACCGUUAUUUGCAGUGGUUGAUCGUGCAUUCCUAAAGGUGAUACUUUAAUUGAUGAAGCUCAGAGUGAAGCAAUGUAUCAGCAUUUACUUCACAAUAUUCCUCGUGUCACGAGGAACUUUGAUGAACUCAAGGAAGAGCAUAAUGCUG